ACGCCGCCGCGCCGGGAGCCCCAGCAGCCGCGGCGGAGCGGGCGGCGGCGGCGGCGGGGCCUGGGCCUGCGGGGCCCGGCCAGGCCGCGAUGGCCACCCGCAAGGCGGGCUCGCGGCUGGAGACGGAGAUCGAGCGCUGCCGCUCCGAGGGCCAGUGGGAGCGGAUCCCCGAGCUGGUCAAGCAGCUGUCGGCCAAGCUCAUCGCCAACGAUGACAUGGCCGAGCUCCUCCUCGGGGAGGCGAAGCUGGAGCAGUACCUGAAGGAGCACCCCCUGCGCCAGGGCGCCAGCCCCCGAGGGCCCCGGCCCCAGCUCACCGAGGUCCGCAAGCACCUGACUGCCGCCCUGGACCGUGGGAACCUCAAGUCAGAAUUACUCCAGGAGUCGAAUCUGAUCAUGGCCAAGCUGAAUUACGUGGAAGGAGACUACAAGGAAGCACUCAACAUCUACGCCCGGGUGGGCCUCGACGAGCUGCCACUGACGGCCGUGCCCCCGUACCGUCUGCGGAUGCUGGCCGAAGCCUUCGCCACCAAAGGACUUUGUCUGGAGAAGCUGCCGGUCUCCUCCUCGACCAGUAACCUCCACGUGGACCGGGAGCAGGAUGUCAUCACCUGCUACGAGAAGGCGGGCGACAUCGCGCUGCUCUACCUGCAGGAGAUAGAGCGGGUAAUCCUUACUAAUAUUCAGAACAGAAGCCCUAAGCCCGGCCCUGCUCCCCACGAUCAAGAACUAGGUUUUUUCCUGGAAACGGGACUUCAGAGAGCCCAUGUCCUCUAUUUCAAAAAUGGGAUAGAUGUGCACGAAGAACAACAGAACUUGACGCGAGGAGUGGGGAGAUUCCGAGAGAUCCUCCGAGCUGUGGAGACCAGAACCACGCAGAACCUGCGCAUGACAAUAGCCCGGCAGCUGGCGGAGAUCUUGUUGCGGGGCAUGUGUGAGCAGAGCUACUGGGACCCGCUGGAGGAGCCGCCCUGCCAGUCACCGCUGGAUGACCCGCUCCGGAAAGGGGCCAACGCCAAGACCUACAGCCUCAGCCGGAAGGCCCGCGUCUACUCAGGAGAGAACAUUUUUUGUCCUCAAGAGAACACGGAAGAAGCCCUGCUGCUGCUGCUGAUCAGUGAGUCCAUGGCCAACCGGGACGCGGUGCUGAGCCGCAUCCCCGAGCACCGGGACGACCGCCUCAUCAGCCUGCAGAGCGCCUCGGUGGUGUACGACUUGCUGACCAUCGCCCUGGGGAGGAGAGGCCAGUACGAGAUGCUGUCGGAGUGCCUGGAGAGAGCCAUGAAGUUUGCCUUUGAGGAGUUCCACCUCUGGUACCAGUUCGCGCUGUCCCUCAUGGCGGCUGGAAAAUCCGCGCGGGCCGUGAAGGUGCUGAAGGAAUGCAUCCGCCUGAAGCCCGACGACGCCACCAUCCCGCUCCUGGCCGCCAAGCUGUGCAUGGGCUCCCUGCACUGGUUGGAAGAGGCCGAGAAGUUUGCCAAAACCGUCGUGGAUGCAGGCGAGAAAGCAUCAGAGUUCAAGGCCAAAGGCUACUUGGCGCUGGGCCUCACGUACAGCCUGCAGGCCACGGACGCUUCGCUGCGAGGGAUGCAGGAGGUCCUCCAGAGAAAGGCGCUUCUUGCAUUUCACAGGGCCCACAGUCUGUCUCCUACAGACCACCAAGCCGCCUUCUACCUGGCUCUGCAGCUGGCCAUCUCCAGACAGAUCCCAGAGGCCCUGGGCUACGUCCGCCAGGCCCUCCAGCUGCAGGGCGACGACGCCAACUCCCUGCACCUACUGGCCCUGCUGCUGUCGGCACAGAAGCAUUACCACGACGCCCUCAACAUCAUCGACAUGGCGCUGAGCGAGUACCCGGAGAACUUCAUAUUGCUCUUUUCCAAAGUCAAGCUGGAGUCCCUGUGCCGGGGCCCGGACGAGGCGCUGCUCACGUGCAAACACAUGCUGCAGAUUUGGAGGUCCUGCUACAGCCUCAGCAACCCCAGUGACUCUGGUCGUGGGAGCAGCCUGCUGGACAGAACCAUCGCCGACAGGCGGCAGCUCAACACCAUCACCCUGCCCGACUUCAGUGACCCUGAGACAGGCAACUCUCCAGAAGCAUACUUUCAUGGUUUUCCCUCCCUUUUUUCAGUUAGCUCUGUGCACGCCACGUCGGUCGCGGCCUCCAGAGUGGAGCAGGCGCUGUCUGAAGUGGCCUCCUCCCUGCAGAGCAGCGCCCCUAAGCAGGGCCCACUGCACCCCUGGAUGACGCUGGCACAGAUCUGGCUCCAUGCAGCCGAGGUCUACAUCAGCAUCGGGAAACCCGCAGAAGCCAACGCCUGCACCCAGGAGGCCGCCAACCUCUUUCCAAUGUCCCACAACGUCCUGUACAUGCGGGGCCAGGUGGCCGAGCUCCGAGGGCACUAUGACGAGGCACGGCGGUGGUACGAGGAGGCCUUGUCCAUCAGCCCCACGCACGUGAAGAGCAUGCAGCGCCUGGCCCUGAUCCUCCACCAGCUGGGCCGCUACAGCCUCGCCGAGAAGGUUCUCCGUGACGCCGUGCAGGUGAACUCCACCGCCCACGAGGUCUGGAACGGGCUGGGCGAAGUCCUCCAGGCCCAGGGCAACGACGCGGCGGCCACCGAGUGCUUCCUGACGGCCCUGGAGCUGGAGGCUAGCAGCCCCGCCGUGCCCUUCACCAUCAUCCCCCGCGUGCUCUGAGCGGGGCCAGCGGCCCGAGCCGGAAGGUGCAAGUGCCCGCUGGGCGACAACCAAACCCACCCUCCACCCCCCACCCCCCUGCACCUCCACUGUGGUUCCCACCCGCCCAGCCACGGGGCCUGAUGCCCCCGACAUUGUUCACCAUGGAUUAUGUGCCAUAUUUUGUUAGUUGACAUCUGAGUUUUAAAAGUUUUAAGGGGGAAAAAAAAAACGAUUAUGGAACUAAUCAGCCGAUGUAGAAGAAUAUAUUCAAAGUUAAAAUUCAGUGGCAGAACAGACUAUUUUUAUCAGAGCUGUAAAGAAAACUGUUCUCUCCUCCCCGGCCCCACCCCUGGCCCAGAAACCAAAUGUGAAUGCUGUUUCCCACCUCAGCCCUCGCCAGGACACCCGCUGGCGGUGUCGUGGUGGUUGUUGUCGAUAAUUGUACCAUGUGAUGAAUUAUCGUCCUCACUUAGAACAAAGCCCGAGUCCAAGAAUAUUUAUAUUUUACCAAUAUAUGCCUGUUACAAGAGAAGGAAAUAUGAGUUAUUUAAGUUUAACUUUUUUAUGUGAAUCCAGAGUUUAUUUAUCGAAGGAAAUAUGUACAAAGACGCUUCAAAUGGGAUAUUUGCCGACAUUCCUUAUACCUGACGGACACUUGGCUAAAUGGGAAGACGAUGUUAAUAAUAAAAUGAUUUUUAAAUGGA